CUUUUCCUGCUGGAGUUUGUGCAUGGCGGAGGACACAAAGAGCUGAGGCCGAGCACAGACCCCUCACAGCAGCAGCAGCAGCAUACCGGGAACAGAGCUCUGGACGCGGCCUGGAGCGAAGACAAUCUGCCGCUGCUGAAACCCUCCCGCUACGCUCACUGCACCGUGAGAGCCCCGGGGAUCCGCCGGUAACCGGACGGUCAGAGCAAACUUUGGAAAAGUUGAGGGAGAGUUCGUGUCGGAGCUGCGCACACAGUUUCUUCUGGAGAGGGAGCACGGAGAGGAGAGAAAAAAAAUGCCGAGUAUGAUCCGGGCUCUGGUGGCCCUGAGCUGGGUGGCGGUGUGCGUCCGCGCCGCCAUGGACGAGUGUUCGGACGAGCAGGGCUCCCCGCAGCGCUGCAUGCCCGAGUUCGUUAACGCCGCUUUUAACGUGACGGUGGUGGCCACCAACACCUGCGGCUCUCCGCCUGAGGAGUACUGUGUGCAGACCGGAGCCACCGGAGUCACCAAGUCGUGCCACAUCUGCGACUCCCGGGACCCACGGAACCACCACAGCGCCGUGUACCUGACCGACUACAACAACCAGCAGGACACUACCUGGUGGCAGAGCCAGACCAUGCUGGCCGGGAUUCAGUACCCGAACUCCAUCAACCUCACCCUGCACCUCGGUAAGGCCUUCGACAUCACCUACGUGCGGCUCAAGUUCCACACCAGCCGCCCGGAGAGCUUCGCCAUCUACAAGCGGACGAGGGAGGGGGGCCCCUGGGUGCCGUACCAGUACUACAGCGGCUCCUGCGAGAAGACUUACCAGAAGGCGGGUCGAGGCUUCAUCCGCACCGGAGAAGACGAGCAGCACGCGCUCUGCACCGACGACUUCAGCGACAUCUCGCCGCUCACCGGGGGGAACGUGGCCUUCUCCACGCUGGAGGGCCGGCCCAGCGCCUACAACUUCGACAACAGCCCCGUCCUGCAGGACUGGGUGACCGCCACAGAUAUCAGAGUGACCCUGAACAGGCUCAACACGUUCGGAGACGAGGUUUUCAACGACCCCAAGGUCCUCAAGUCCUACUACUACGCUAUCUCCGACUUCGCUGUGGGAGGAAGGUGUAAGUGUAACGGCCACGCCAGCGAGUGUGUGAAGAACGGCGGUGGACGGCUGGUGUGUAACUGCAAACACAACACGGAGGGCGACGACUGCAACGUCUGCAAACCGUUCUACAACGACCGGCCGUGGAGGAGAGCGACCUCUGACAACCCCAACGAGUGUCUGCAGUGCGACUGUAACGGGAAGAGCGCCCAGUGCUACUUCGACACCGAGCUGUACCGGGCCACGGGUCACGGAGGUCACUGCAGAAACUGUGCCGACAACACGGACGGGCCCAACUGUGAGCGCUGCCUGGACAACUACUACAGAGACCAGAGCGGCGCCCGCUGCCUGCCCUGCGGCUGCAACACCGUCGGCUCAGAGUCUCCGCAGUGUGACAACAGAGGAGUGUGCGCGUGUAAACCCGGAGUGACCGGAGAGAAGUGUGACCGCUGCCAGCCGGGGUUCCACAGUCUGACCGAGGCCGGCUGCAGGCCGUGCUCUUGCUCGCCCUCAGGCAGCACUCAGGAGUGUGACGUGAACACAGGACAGUGUCGCUGCAAAGAAAACGUGGAGGGAUUCAGCUGUGACAGGUGUAAACUCGGCUACUUUAACCUGGACCCCAACAACCCUCAGGGCUGCACGCCGUGCUUCUGCUUCCAGCACUCGUCUGUGUGCGACAGCGCCGAAGGAUACAGCGUGCACACCGUCAGCUCCGCCUUCAACAGAGAUGAUGAGCAGUGGACCGCUCAGCAGCGCGACGGCUCCAGCGUCUCUGUCCAGUGGUCUCCCAGCGGACAGGAAAUCUCCCUCAUCUCAGAGGAUUACUUCCCCAUGUACUUCAUUGCCCCAGAGAAGUUCUUGGGGAACCAGAUGCUGAGUUACGGACAGAACCUGAGUCUGAGUUUCCGAGUCGACCGGCGGGACACCCGGCUGUCGGCGGAGGAUCUGGUCCUGGAGGGGGCGGACCUGCGGGUGGCCGUCCCGCUCAUCGCCCAGGGUAACGCCUACCCCAACGAGAACAUGCAGACCUACGUGUUCAGGCUACACGACAGCACUGAUUACCCCUGGAGGCCGACCAUCAGCCACUCAGAUUUCCAGAAACUUCUCCACAACCUGACGGCCAUCAAGAUCCGCGGAACGUACAGCGAGAGGAGUGCCGGUUACCUUGACGAUGUCUCCUUGGUGACGGCGAGGCGGGGUCCAGGUGUUCCUGCGCGCUGGGUGGAGCGGUGCACCUGUCCCCAGGGUUACCAGGGUCAGCACUGUGAGCAGUGCACUGUGGGAUACCGCCGCGCACGCCCGGAGCUGCACGCCUUCAGCUCCUGUGAGCCCUGCAACUGUAACGGCCACAGCGAGGCCUGCGACCCCGGCUCAGGUGCGUGUGAUUGUCGGGACAACACCGCUGGUUUGAGCUGUGAACGCUGUAAAGACGGUUUCUAUGGCGACGCCACUCGGGGGACAUCAGGUGACUGUCAGCCGUGCCCCUGUCCUGCCGGAGCGACCUGCGCUGUCGUCUUUAAAACCAAAGAGGUGGUGUGUACCAACUGUCCCGCAGGAACCACAGGUAAGCGCUGCGAGCUCUGCGAUGACGGUUUCUUCGGCGACCCUCUCGGUCAGUCCGGUCCCGUUCGAGUCUGCCGCGCCUGCAAGUGCAGCGACAACAUCGACCCCAACGCGGUCGGAAACUGCAACCGUGAGACCGGAGAGUGUCUGAAGUGCAUCUACAACACCGACGGCUUCUUCUGCGACCGCUGCAAGGAGGGUUUCUACGGCAACGCUGUGUCACCCAACCCGGCCGACAAGUGCAAAUCCUGCUCCUGCUCUCCGUUGGGCACCGUGGGCCGUCAGACGGGUUGUUCUCAGGUCACCGGUCAGUGUCCGUGUCUCCCCAACGUGGCCGAGCGAGACUGCAGCGCCUGCCAGCCCGGCUUCUUCAACCUGCAGAGCGGCAACGGCUGUGAACGGUGUAACUGUAAUCCCAUUGGCUCUACCAACGGUCAGUGUGACAUCACCUCCGGGCAGUGUGAGUGUCAGCCGGGCGUCACCGGGCUGCAGUGCGAACGCUGCGAGGUCAACUUCUUCGGCUUCAGCGCGUCUGGAUGCAAACCCUGCGACUGCGACCCCGAGGGCUCUCAGUCGGGUCAGUGUAAGGAGGACGGUCGCUGUGAGUGUCGCCCGGGCUUCGUCGGCGCCCGCUGCGACAUGUGCGAGGAAAACUACUUCUACAACCGCUCGGCUCCGGGCUGCCAGCAGUGCCCCUCCUGCUACAGUCUGGUCAGAGACAAGGUGAACCAGCAGAGGCAGAAGCUGCACGACCUGCAGACUCUGAUCGAUAACCUGGGCUCGGGUCGGGACACGGUCAGCGAUAAGGCCUUCGAGGAUCGCAUGAAGGAGGCGGAGAAAGCCAUCAUGGAGCUGCUGGAGGAGGCUCAGACCAGUAAAGACGUGGACCGAGGCCUGCUGGACCGUCUGAACAACAUCAACAGCACUCUGACCACUCAGUGGAACCGGCUGCAGAACAUCCGCAACACCGUGGACAACACCGGCACGCAGGCCGACCGAGCGCGCAGCCGAGUGCGAGACGCCGAGGACCUGAUCGACCGAGCCCGGCAGGAGCUGGACAAGGCCAGGGACGCCAUCAGCAAAGUGGACAUCAAACCGCCGAGCACCGGAGAUCCAAACAACAUGACGCUGCUGGCUGAGGAGGCGCGGACACUGGCCGACAAGCACAAGAUGGACGCCGACCAGAUCGAGAAAAUCGCCAAAGACGCCAACGACACGUCGACCAAAGCGUACAACCUGCUGCUGAAGACUCUGGACGGAGAGAGCAAGACGAGUCAGGAGAUCAACGAGCUCAACAAGAAGUACAACGAGGCGAAGGAGCUGGCUAAGAAUCUGGAGAAUCAGGCCAACAAGGUUCAGGCUGAGGCUGAGGAGGCCGGGGACAAAGCUCUGAAGAUAUUCGCCAACCUGACGAGCAUCCCGGCGCUCGACACCAAGGCUCUGGAGGAUGAAGCCAAAAAGAUCAAGAAGGAGGCGUCGGACCUGGACAAGCUGAUCGACAAGACGGAGAAAGAGUACAAUGACCUGAGAGACGACCUGAAGGGCAAAGAGCAGGAAGUGCGCAAACUGCUGGACAAAGGCAAAAGUGAGCAGCAGACCGCCGAUCAGCUGUUGGCCCGAGCGGACGCCGCCAAAGCUCUGGCAGAGGAGGCGGCAAAGAAGGGUCAGUCCACGUUCAGAGAGGCGGAGAGCAUCCUGGAGGAUCUCCGAGACUUCGACAAGCGUGUUAACGACAACAAGACCGCCGCUGAGGACGCCCUGAAGAAGAUCCCCGAAAUCAAGGCCAUAAUCAUUGCUGCCAACGAUAAGACCAGGCAGGCGGAGGCAGCGCUCGGCAACGCGGCCAACGACGCCCGAGACGCCAAGAACAAGGCCGAGGAGGCGGAGAAGAUCGCCAGCAACGUGCAGAAGGGCUCAGCUAAGACCAAACAGGACGCCGAGAAGGCCUUCCAGGAAACCAACAAGCUGGACGGGGAGGUGGACGACAUGAUGGAUCAGCUGAGCACCGCUGAGCGAGAACUGGCCAGUAAGAAGGCCGCGGCGGACCUGGACAUGAUGAUGGCGGGGAUGGCGUCAGACAACGCAAAGGAGGCGGAGGACAACGCCCGCAAGGCCAAGAGCGCCGUCAAGACCGUUCUGAGCACCAUCACCGCCCUGCUGGAUCAGCUGGGAAACAUCGAUAAGGUGGACCUGAGCAAGCUGAACCAGAUCGAGGAGUCCUUGAAGAGCGCCAAGGGCAAGAUGGCCAACAACGAGCUGGACAGGAAACUGAGCGAGCUGAACGACGUGGCGAGAAGCCAGGAGGACCUGAUCUUCGACUACGACCGGCAGAUUCGCGAGAUCCGCAGCGACAUCCUCAACCUGGAAGACAUCAAGAAGACGUUACCUGAGGGCUGCUUCAACACGCCGUCCCUGGAGAGGCCUUAACCCCGCCCACCUCCUCCUCCUCCUCCAUCCACCUCCGACACUCCCCCGUCACGUCUAACACUCUGGCAAACACGCCGCCUUUUACCAAAACAGUUUUUUAAACUUUUUUUUUCAGAUUAUUGUCUUUGUUUUUCUUUUCAAGACAGAAGCCAAUAUUUCAAGUUCGUAACGAAGCAGAAGCAGCUGUUUCUGUUUUCGUCUUUGGUUUUUGUUUGUCCGAGACGCAGUAACGUGGUUUCAAUAGCACAAACUAAACGGCGCAGAGACGCCGUGCAGAGAGGUGGAGGAACCUCGGAGAAAAUCCAGAACCACAAACCCGACGUGACUGCACCGUCUGCUCCGACCGAGGAAGUUUCACUGACACAGAAGCCGAGCGGAGAGCUCCUCGCCGCGACAAACGUCUCCCAUUCUCUAGCUGACCAGCCAUUUCCCAUCAUGCCCCGGGACACACUUCAGAGUUUGGCAGUCCUCAGCCGGCUGAAUAUACGGCUCCACACUGUUUAAACACUCCUUUAUCUUCAGCCAUGUUUUCAGACAGCACACAGUGAAGGACUCUUUACUCCCAACGCUGCGACUCGGAGCGCGGAGGAGAACCUCCUUUCUUCAGCAGUAUUUCAUGCCACACACCGCUGUGGCGUUCAGUGAUCUUCACACGCUCUGUCGGAGCCUAGAAGCCUCUGAAGUCCAGAAAAAAAAAAGAUUUCAGAUCUUGUGUGUGCCAGAUAAAUGAGUAUCCUGUUUCAACAAGGUGUGGCUCAUGGCUCAGCGUUAGAAGAUCUUUUCUGUUACACUCCAGAUUUUUAACUUGCAUGCACCAAAAUAUGAAAAUUGUGCAUGGAAGACAAAACCUUACACACGCCAGGUAUCAUCUUAUUUCACACAACAUAAGUAUCUUGCUCCCAAGAUCCUACAAUCUUGUUUCUGUGAAGGCAGGGAUCUAAAAUUUAGUUACCAAGACAGUUUCUUGUUCGUGCAUGAUUCAUCUUGGGUGCAGAAAAACAUGAAAUCUCAUUGCAAAGAUCCAUAUUUUAGCAUCUUGUAGAAGUGAUACCUUGUUUUUGCAACACAGAAUCUUUCUCCGUAGGUACAAGAUAUUUUGUCUUGUGCGCAAGAUAUGAGAUUGUGCACAUAGAAUAUGAAUCUUGUUGAUGACAUUUUGUGCACAGAUAUGGAUCUGAUGGGAGAAAAGUGAAUACAUUUCUAAAUGUUCCAUAUUUCAUAGCACAAGUUAAAAUCUAAAUGUUAUGUCUCCCACAAGAUAUUCAACUGUGCUCAUAGGUUAUGGAUCUUGCGCUUGUAUGCGCAAGAUGUCACCUCGUACAAUCUGGAUGUCAUCAAGAUAUAAGUUUGUGACUAAUAUUAGCUGAUAUCUUGUUACCAAGAUCCAUAUUUAAUGCUCUUAAGUUAGUCUCCUAUUACAAAGAUAUCUUGUUUUCAGUAUCUUGAGUCGUAAGUAGAAGAUAUUAUGUCUCAUGCGCAGGAUAUUAAAUUGUGACGAGGAUAUGGAUCUUGUGUGAACAAGAUGGUAACAUGUGCACCAAGUAUGCCAUCUUUAAUGCGCAAGAUAUCACCUUGUACCCUCAUGAUGUCAUCUUCGGUGCACAAGAUACGGAUUUGUGGGAAAAAAGGUUAACAUCUCGUCACCAAAAUCCAUACUUCAUGCUCACAAGUCAACAUCUCAUUCAAAUAAGAUAUUUUUACAGAAACGGGAUUUUUAGUUUGAGGUUGAAGAUAAUAUGUCUUGUGCGCAAGAUAUUAAAAUAUGCACAUAUCUUGUUUCCUAAAGCUACAAAUCUUGCAUGGUGACUGAAAGAUGUUAAUUAGGAUACGGAUCUUGUGGGAACAAGAUGGUGACUUGUGCACCCACUACUUUUUUCAGACGUCAUCUUGUGUGCUCAAGAUAGAGAGCAUCUGGUCACGAGGAGCCAAAUCUUGCACACAUUAGCAUCUUGUUUCCACAAAGUAUGCACCUCUGGUUUCAGAGAAGAUUUGAGAUCCUAAAUUGUGCAAAUAAGAUUCGGAUCUUGCGGAGUAAGACGCAAAUGUGUGCUUGAGAUAUCGUGGUGAUUUGAUGUCGUAACAAGUUGUGAUCUUGAAUGUAACAGGAUCUUGUUCUACCCCCUCCCAACUGGUUCAAAGUAUUUUUGUAGACAUGAAAGUGAGUCUUUCUGGACUUCAGAAGCUCUGUCUGACAUUUCUCACCACAGUCGAAGUCCAUUUCAUGAAACAGACGCUCAAACAUUUCGUUUUUAAUCGUGCUGCUUUUUCACCCGAGGUUUUUUUGUUUUUUUUACCGAUCACACAUUAACAUUUUCUUCCGGGCUAAAUCCAACACUAUGCAACUUUGUACAUUUGCGUAGCGAGAAUUUUAUCUGAUACACUGGUGCUAAUAAUUAUUUCAAAUGUUAUAUUUUUGUGUGAAUGUUUUUUAUUAUGACAUAGAGUGAGGACUUUGUUCUUUGUGUAAAUAUAUGCUUCAAUGAUUCAGGACUGGCUGAUUUUGACGAAAGACAAACGCCACCACGCAGAACGGCCACGUACGUUAAGUUCGAUCACAAUCAAUCAACUGAAACCUCCAGGUGAAAUAUAUAUAAAUAUCUAUGAUAACGUCUGUGCUAUGUUAUUAUUAUAAUAUGCUUGCUUGUAUACACGGCUCAGUGUUGCUGCCUCAAAGCGAUGCCAAUAUUUCGUUUGUGUUUUAUCGAUUCUCUGUGGGUGUUCACGAGUUAAUUCAACCUAACUGAAAAUGUUUUUUUAGUUCUUUUGUCCCUUGUUUUUUUCCAAUCAGGACAUGUUUUAAAGGGGGGGCGUCUGCUGCCUCACGGCUCAUUUCACUGAAUGAAUCUGAAGAUGAUGUCGCUGCAGGAGUUUAACUUGGUGUUUUUGUGCCUUAAUAUAAAGAGCAGUUUAAAUCACUGCCCUGACGACGUUCCAUUUCACAAAAUGUUCCUCGUUGUCCGCCUUCUCCUCAUGAUAGUACUGAGGCAGGGUGUUUUUAGAAAUCAGGUCCCGAAGAGAGACCACUUGUAAAUCUGAUCCGAGUUGAGCAGGCGACAAACAAACACGAGCAGAGCUUUUAGUUGUCUUAGUUUUGACUCUCCACUGGAAACUCCUGCAGAAAUAUUCAAUGUUUGUCUGAGCAGGACGAUCCUGAAUGUUCACUCAGCUCCACACGCUCACUGAUUUGAGAUUCUCCUCCCUCCAUCCGGACGGCCGCUCUGCAGGAUGUGCAGCACACACACACACACACACACACUUACACACCCACAUACACACACUCACGAUGUAUGAACAGUAUUUUAAGUUAUAAUAAUGUACCAGGUAUUUGUAUUGUAACCCUGUUGUCGAAGACGGUGGUGUGCGUGCUGCACAGCCAGCAGAGCCGUCUGCACUGUGCUUUUAUUCUCACGUCAGGUUUGCAGCCUUGUGAGGACCUGAACGACGACCCUGUUUGUUCACAUGUGCCUGUAAAUCCAAACUUAACAUUUGAAUAAUAAAAAAAUUACUACAGGAA